GGUUGGAGUCUGCAAGUUAGCAUUUUUUCAGAUAUCAUACGACUUGUUAAGGAUGGGAAGGGUUAAGCUAAAGAUAAAGAAGUUAGAGAACACAAAUGGCCGUCAGGCGACCUAUGCCAAAAGGAAGCAUGGCAUCAUGAAAAAGGCUAAUGAGCUAUCUAUCCUUUGUGAUGUAGAAAUUAUCCUCCUUAUGUUCUCACCCACUAACAAGCCUUCCGUAUGCAUUGGGAAGCGCAGCAGCAUUGAGGACAUUAUUGAGAAGUUUGCUCAACUCACUCCACAGGAACGGGCAAAAAGGAAGUUGGAAAGCUUUGAAGCACUGAAAAAAACAUUCAAGAAGUUGGACCAUGAUGUAAAUAUUCAUGAAUUUUUGGGUACAAGUACACAAACAAUUGAGGACCUGACUAACCAAGCACGGUUAUUGCAGACUCGGCUUUCUGAUAUACACAGGAGACUGAGCUGUUGGACUAACAUAGACAAGAUCAACAAUGUAGAACAUUUGGGGCAAAUGGAAGAUUCACUCAAGGAAUAUCUAAAUCAAAUUCGAGCCCAUAUGGAAAAUUUAGGAAAACAGCAGCUUCUAUCGUUUGAAUGCACAAGUCAGUUCCAAAAUGAAAUGCAUGUACCCUUUAGAAUGGGCAUUGAGCAACAGCUCCAACCUCUUGCAUGGGUACCUAAUAAUGACAGUAGACACAUGGCCUUAUCAGAGGACCCAAAUUUGUUUCCCCACAGGGAUGUGGAGUGUUCUGCAAGUUCCUCCUUUGGAAGUUAUUCAGGUUACUUUGGCACUGCUAAAAGUUCUGAACUAUCUAGUUCUGGACAAGAAAAUAGCAUCCUUAAUGAUUUGGGUGGAAAUGCAUCAUUGCAGCUGCAACUAGGCGGACAAUGCCCCUUCUUCUCUUACAAUCUUAAUAUACUGAAUGAUCCCAAAUUCCCACCGGUGGCAGAGAUGAACUUUCAGGAAACUCCUGCAGAUUAUCAUGUUAAUGGAGCUCUACUCAGUCCUAGAGCUGGAUAUGACGCUACCCAAGGUAGUUGGGCUUCCACUUCUGGCCCUUGUGCUGUUACCAUGUUUGAUGAGCCAUUGUAUUCCCGAGUAAGUCUUUCCCUACUACUUCCACUAUGCUUUCAAUGCUUGAGCAACAUUGCAUGUGUUUAUCUGCAGCUUCAACGUGAUUGAGCUAUCCAUUGGCUUGUACAUGACUAGGUGCAUGCACAUAUAUGAG